GAAGACGGACUCUGUCCGAAAGAAGAACUCUGGGCUUCACUUUAAAAAACACUCUCUCGGGUGAUCCUGCGGAGUCCUAGAAUAAGAGAAGGUGACAAGGGAUUCUCCAACCUCUGCGCGGUCCCUUUAAGAGCCUCUAGCCCUGACUCCGCCCUCUGCCGCCCGUCGCGGGCGGAACCGGAAGUGUGGGGGAAGAGCCGGUCCCCAACAUGGCGGCCGCCUGGCCCUCCGGUCCUGUUUCUCCGGAGGCCGUGGCCGCCCACCUUCUUGCAGUCUUGUGGCUCGUGGCAGCCACCACGGGACCUUGGGGGGCUGUCGCUACCGCUGCCGCCGGGGGCGACGAGACGCUUAAGUGCGAGGACCUCAAAGUGGGGCAAUAUCCUCUAUGGCGAGAUCCCAAAAUAAAUGAUGCUACGCAAGAACCAGUUAACUGUACAAACUACACAGCUCAUGUUUCAUGUUUUCCAGCACCCAAUAUAACUUGUAAGGAUUUCAGUGGCAAUGAAACACAUUUUACUGGAAAUGAAGUUGGUUUUCACAAGCCUAUAUCUUGCCGAAAUGUAAAUGGCUAUUCAUACAAAGUGGCAGUUGCAUUAUCUCUUUUUCUUGGAUGGUUGGGAGCAGAUCGAUUUUACCUUGGAUACCCUGCCUUGGGUUUGUUAAAAUUUUGCACUGUAGGAUUUUGUGGAAUUGGGAGCCUAAUUGAUUUCAUUCUUAUUUCGAUGCAGAUUGUUGGACCUUCAGAUGGAAGUAGUUACAUUAUAGAUUAUUAUGGAACCAGACUUACAAGACUUAGUAUUACUAAUGAAACAUUUAGAAAAACACAGUUAUAUCCAUAAAUAUUUAAAGAGAAACAGAUUUGAGCCUCCUUGAAUUUAAUAAAGAACUUCCAGUUUUUCCUUUUUCCUUCUAAACAUUACCACUUUGUGGGUUCUAUAUGAUUUUGUUUGUGUGGUAUGUGUGGUAUGUGUGUGUGGUCAUUUUUGAUUUGUUCAUUUAGUUAAAAGUAUAUUAUUCUUAGAUUUAUUUAAUAAGACUUUCUUUAAAAGCUGUAUAAUAGGCUUUCUGAGGCUACUGUCUCUAUGAGAUGGGUAGCUUAUUACUCUGAUAUUCUUUAAUGUCUUUUACAAAGGCAAGUUGCCAUUUAUCUUUUUUUGCUUGUGAAAAAUAAAAGUAUAAUUUAUUCACAUUUUUUUGUGCUUUAUUUUUAAGAAAAUCAAUAUGUAGCUGUCAACUGCAUUUUGAUCCUUCUAAGCAAUUAAUCUGGUGUGAACAAAUAUCAUUUAUAGUGCUCAAGCCUGUAGUCUCCUAUGUGACAGCCCACCUGUGAUUCUGCAGCUUUUAGCUGUCUUUGUCUUGGUAUUGUUGGAACUAAUGAUCAUUAAGAAGUCUGUGAAACCUUGAAGCAGCAUGGAUACUUCCAUCCUCUGAAGUGUAAACUUUUCCCUUUUUUGCUUGAGGAGUGAUGCACUAGCUGUGGAAGACUAGAUGCUGACUCCUUCAGCUCACUGCAGUUACAUUUGAAGGUGGAUGGACAAGGUGGGAACACUAAACAGGUGACUAAUGGCUUCCAUCUGUGAGCACUGCUAGGCAGAUGCUAGCAUAGGAGCCUCAAGUGAUGUGCCAGGGUCUGAAGGAAGCAGCACCUGUAUGUUCUCUUUCUGUGUGCAGAGGGCUUUAAGAAGAAGAAAAUGCAUGGAAUGCCGUGUGCCCAUAAUACUACUCCACUCUUUCCUUAGUAGCAGAUAAUAUCAAUUUCAAAAUUACUAGGUCCAGCUUCUUUAAAGUUAAAACCAUAAUUUCCCUUAAAAAGUGUACAGUAUGGUAUAAUUAGCUUUGUAACAUAUUAGCCAUUCAGUAAUAGCUUCUCCAGUUGGCGUGAGAUUAUUAAAUAUUGUUAUAUGAAGUGAAUUUCAGUUGACUUCUACCAUGCACCAGGAGCACUUCUUUGAUUCAUUCAUUAAAUACUAAAUGUCUGCAAGGUGGAAAGCACUAUUCUAAGUGGGGAUGAACUAGACACAAAACUCCCUAUUUGUAUUUUAUUUUGUAAAGGGGCACUUCACAACUGUGCUUCAUCCUCAGCCCUUUUUUAAAAGGCAGUGAACUAGACACAAAAAUCCCUAGCUUUGGGAGUUUGUGAUCUCUUGUGAUCCACUUUUCACAGUGACAAUGUUUUUGCUCAGAGUUAAGCCCAUGUUCUAGUCCUCCCUGGUUAUUUUAGAUUGCACAUAAUUCUUUGAAGUUUCCUUCAGGAGCAUAAAAGCCCAGAUUUUAAAAGCCUCAUCUCUUUAGUCACAUAUGUUCAGUUAAAUAAGAAAUUUCUGAUUCUCCAUUGUUGUUAAAGUUGGUAACUUAGCAUAUCCUUCUCAAAGUGUCUAUUCAUAUAAGCUGUACUCCAGAUGAGUUGUUGAUAAAAUCUAGAAAAAAAGUUCCUUCAAAAUACAUUGUAUGGCCGAGACAGGAGGAUUGUGAGUUCAAAGCCAGCCUCACCAACUGUGAGUUGCUUGCUAAGCAACUCAGUGAGACCAUAUCUGUAAAUUAAAUACAAAAUAGGGCUAGGGAUGUGGCCCAGUGGUCGAGUGCCCCUGAAUUCAAUCCCUGGUACCCCCAGAAAACAAAAACAACAACAAAACAUACCUUUAGACUUUCACCAGAGUUUCCUAAGUUUACAUGACAAGAUCACUUCCAAUUUGUCUAAUUCUCUGAUGCUUGAUAUAGGUAAUGAUAUAAUAAACAUAUAAGUCCCCAUGAAUGCGUGUGUGUGAGUGUGUGUGUGUAUACAUUACUGGAGUGCUCCCCCGUCAUCCCCCAGGGGUACUUUACAACUGUACUUCAUCCCCAGCCCUUUUAAAAAAUUUUGAGUCAGAGUCUCACUGAGUUGUUGAGGCUGGCCUUGGUCUUGCAAUCCUCCUGCCUCAGCCUUAUGUGUUUGGGUGUUACAGACAUGCACCACUGGGCCUGGUAGUGCAUUUAAAUUCCAUAUAAGUUUUUCAUUUUUUUUUCCCCUUUCAUGAGCACUGUACUGUUUCAUUAGCGCAACUGAAUCUGAAUUCUAUGUUAAGGCCUUUCUAUCAGAUAUUUUUUUGAUAACCCUGCUUUUUUGAGAAUUGUGAGAUGGAUUAGCUCAGUCAUUAAAUAGGCUGCUCCCAAACUGUCUAGGAUGAAUGGAGUUGAUUCUUUCAGUCUUACAGGAACAUUUAAUACCCAGUAGCAGUAAUUUAUAAAAGGUACUACUUCAACCUGAAAGGACUGAUAGAAUUUCCAGAAGUACCUCUUUACCCAGGUAGAUUUCUUAUCUAUGCUGUAUGUCUUAAUCCUAUUUUCUGCUUCUGUAACAGAGUUACUUGAAACUGGGUAAUUUAUAAAGAACAGAGGUAGAUUUUUUUUUUUUUUUUAAUAGUUUAACAGUAGGAAAUUCAAUAGCUUGUUGCCCACAUCUCCUGCCUCAUCCUCCUGAGUUGCUGGGAUUACAGGUGUGUGCUACCAUGCCUAGCUGGUGAGGAGGGCCUUCUUGCUGCAUGAUAUGGCAAGGAGAAUAAGAAUGUGAGCUCAGGAUGGGCACAGUGGCGCAUGCCAGUAUCUCAAUUCCCCACCCCCCCAUGGUGAAUUGGUAUCCACAUAUCAGAAAACAUUCAGCCUUGGGUUUUUGGGGAUUGGCUUAUUUUGCUUAGCAUGGUAUUCUCCAGUUCCAUAAUUUCAUUCUUUUGUAAAGUUGAGCAAUAUUCCAUAUAUAUGAGUGUAUAUAUAUACAUAUCACAAUUUCUUUAUCCAUUAAUCUGUUGAAGGGCACCUAGAUUGGUUCCAUAGUUUAGCUGUUUUGAAUUGAGCUACUAUAAACAUUGAUGUGGUCAUGUCACUGUUAUAUGUUGAUUUUAAGUCCUUUGGGUAUAAAAUGAGGUGUGGGAUAGCUGAGUCAAAUGGUGGUUCCAUUCCAAGUUUUCUGAGGAAUCUCCAUACUGCUUUCCAUAAUGUUUGCAUCAAUUUGCAUUCCCACCAGCAAUGUAUGAGUGUACCUUUUCCCCCUCACCAACAUUAUUGUUGCUUGGAUUCUUGAUAAUUGCCAUUAUGACUGCAGUAAGAUGAAAUCUUAAAGAGUAGUUUUGAUUUGCAUUUCUCUAAUUGCUAGAGAUGUUGAACAUUUUUUCAUAUUUUUGUUGAUUGAUUGUAUUCUUCUGUGAAGUAUCUGUUCAGUUUAUUAGCCCAUUUAUUGAUUGGGUUAUUAUUAUUAUUUUUGGUGUUAAGUUUUUUGAGUUCUUCAUAUAUCCUGGAGAUUAAUGCUUUAUCUGAGAUAUAUAUGUAAAGAUUUUCUCCCAGUCUGUAGGCUCUCUCUUCACAUGAUUGUUUUCUUUUGCUAAGAAGAAGCUUUGUAGUUUGAAUCCAUCCCAUUUAUUGAUAAUCCUGUCAUUGGAACCCCACCCUCAUGAUCUCAUGUAACCCUACUUGAACCCCAGAGGCCCCUCAUUUAAAUACUAUCAUUAUAGGGAUUUGAGGAUUACAUUUCCAAUACAGAUAUCAAAAAGUCUUUUUGCGUAUAGCCAGGUUUUGUUCAUGGGGCCACUAAAACUAUAAGAAAUACUAAUUCGGGGUAUGUUUUAUUUUACAAAACAGUUUUAUGUCGUUUUCACUUACUUUAACCUAGAUACAUAAGGCUAAGUUAAUUAGUAUAAUAUUGAUAGGUAUCUAAGAAGCUAAAAUAGAUCUAAGAGCAAGAAGCUGGCAAGGAACAAAAUUGGUUUUGAAAAAGAACAAGUCUAAGAUGUUGGCUCCUCUUCUCUUUCAAACAUGUAGGUUUUCCCUAGGGUUCUGGCUGCUUUCCUUUUCCCUUCUCUCCUUAAAUCAGCAUCUCUUGUGCGUUUUUUUCCUCUUUACAAAAUUGAUACAAGCUUGAUUCAGAAUGUUGGGAAAACACCAAAAAGUGCAAAGAAAAUAAAGCAUCUUCCACAGUUCACAGAUAAAAGUAUUUUUAUGUAUGUCCUAAAGGCAAUUUUUCAUGCAUAUUAAGUAUAUUUUCUUCAUAAAAAUUAUAUAUUAUGUGUACUAUUUUGUAGCCUGUUUCUUCACAUUGUAAAGAUUUUUCUAUUUCAAUAAAUAACUCUUUGCAAAAUUCUUUUUAAUGA